AAAUACCGCAUCCUGUUUCCGCCGCGGAUUUAUCGUAAGACGCGGCACGAAAGAAGGAGGUCGUCUCCAGCGAAAUAUAAACACAAACGCUAAGAAAUGGCUCGUACCAAGCAGACCGCUCGUAAAUCCACGGGAGGAAAGGCACCCAGGAAGCAGCUGGCGACUAAAGCGGCCAGGAAAAGUGCGCCAUCUACUGGUGGGGUGAAGAAGCCUCAUAGAUACAGGCCUGGUACUGUUGCUCUGCGUGAGAUCCGUCGGUACCAGAAAUCCACCGAGCUGCUCAUCAGGAAGCUGCCCUUUCAGCGCCUUGUCAGGGAAAUAGCUCAAGACUUCAAGACAGAUCUGCGUUUUCAGAGUGCAGCGAUCGGUGCUCUCCAGGAAGCAAGCGAGGCAUACCUGGUCGGACUGUUCGAGGACACCAACCUGUGCGCCAUUCACGCAAAAAGAGUCACGAUCAUGCCCAAGGACAUCCAGCUGGCCAGGCGAAUUAGAGGAGAGCGUGCAUAAAUGCUCAGUUUUUCUUUUUUAGUUGGGGAGGGUGGGUUGUUUGGGGAGGGGUGUUGAUCAGGGCUUUGUAAAUCUUAUUACCAGCAUGUGUGUGCCACAUGAUUUGUAGUUGAAAGCAUGUUUUUGUACUUCACUUUUCAUUUCCCUUGACCUGUUUCCAAACUCUUGUAGUCAGCGUAGACUAAAGUUUCCAUGUCUUCUCAGGUUUGCAAAUAUUAGUCUGUACUUUUUCCAAUUCUGUAUUGCAUGCCAUAGGACAUUUGUGCUGUAAAUAAACUUUCUGCUACCUCGCUUGUUUUGGUUGUGCUU